AUGGCGUCCAGCUUCGCUUCCAAGCGGCUGGCCAAGGAGCUCUCAAAGCUGAACACUGGUCUGCCCCCCGGUAUCGAUCUCAUUUCGGCCGAUAGCUUCGAAGAAUGGUUCAUGGACAUCAGGGUUCUGGACGACAACCCGCUGUAUAAGGAUCAGGUCUACAGGCUCAAGUUCAAGUUCUCCCAACAAUACCCUAUAGAGCCCCCCGAGGUCACAUUCGUUAAGACGGCCGAGCGACCGAUUCCAAUGCAUCCCCACAUCUAUUCAAACGGCAUCAUCUGUCUCGACUUACUCGGCAGUCAAGGCUGGAGUCCAGUGCAAAACGUCGAGAGCGUAUGCAUGAGCAUACAGAGCAUGUUGACUGGAAACGAGAAGAACGAACGACCAGCGGGAGACGAUGAGUUUGUUCGAAGCAACAGACUGCGGCCAAGAGAUAUCGACUUCUACUAUCACGAUAACACCGUCUGA